GAUCGUCUUCCGAUUCUUCGAGACCCUCUGCUUUCACCAUCUCUGUACAUAAAUAUCUCAGUCCGCUCUACUCGAACUUGUUAAUCGAAAGACAUUAAUCGUCCCAGAGAGAUCCAGCGAACGGAAACGCUAAUUCGGCCGGAGGAAUUCCGUAUUCAAGUGGCGGGAAAAUGUCGGGAAAAGGAGCAAAAGGCCUGAUAAUGGGGAAAGGAUCUUCCUCUGCAGUGAAUGGAUCAAGCAACAGAGAUAAAGACAAGAAGAAAUCCGUCACUCGCUCUUCGCGCGCCGGUCUUCAGUUUCCUGUGGGUAGAGUUCAUCGUCUUCUGAAGAUGAGAGCUAUGUCUAAUGGAAGAGUUGGAGCAACUGCUGCAGUCUACACAGCAGCUAUACUAGAAUACCUCACAGCUGAAGUUCUUGAAUUAGCUGGAAAUGCAAGCAAAGAUUUAAAAGUGAAGCGUAUAACACCAAGGCAUCUGCAACUUGCUAUCAGAGGUGAUGAAGAGCUAGACACACUCAUAAAAGGAACCAUCGCUGGUGGUGGCGUUAUUCCUCACAUCCACAAAUCCCUCAUCAACAAAUCCUCCAAAGAGUAAAGUGUGACCUUAUAAGUAUUUCCGUU